UGCUUUGCCCUGGACGGACGCCCCGGACCCCGACCCUGGCCCCGGCCCCGUCCCCGACCCCGGCAUGGGCUCCCGGGCGUGGGCGCUGCUGCCGCUGCUACUCCCGUGGGUGCUGCGCGCCGGGUCCCUGUCGCCGCCGCUGGUGCUGCCCCUGCGCGUGGCCGCCACCCGGGGGACGGCGCUCGAACCCGGGACCCCGGCCGCCCGCGCCGACGGGCUGGCGCUCGCCCUGGAGCUCGGACCCGGGGCCCCCGCGGCCGGCGCGCUGGCCAUGGUGGACAACCUGCAGGGCGACGCGGGCCGCGGCUACUUCCUGCACGUGCUGGCCGGCUCGCCCCCGCAGCAGGUGGGUCGGCUCGCACCCGGGGCCGGGGGUGGGCGGCGCAGCCCCGAGAGGGAGAGGCUGUGUCUGUGUUUCAUUUCACGCUGUCGCUCCGCUCUGGAUUCGGCUUUGAUGCUCCAUAAAUAGACCGCGCGCAUGACUUUCGCUGGGAAGCUCAUUAAA